CCAAAACAAAGUAAUCCACUGUAAAAGAAAGGCAUUCUUCAAAAACUCAUCAUUUGGUUGUAUGUGGACACAAAGUAGCAAGCAAUAGUCAGAUUUACCGUAUUCUCCGGACCCUUGUUUUUAGCUCCUGAACCCUGACAUCUGGACUGGUGCAGCCCCACGAAGACUCAUUCAGCUCGCCUCUGAAUCACCCGCUGACAAGACUACUUGUUCAGCUGAGCUUGGGGGACAAGCAUAUAUAUCUGCCCUCGUCCAUCGUUCCGGUACUAAAAGCUCAAUACAACUGAAUUUCCCGCGUUCGCUCCAUUGGCAUAAAUUAUCCCCCCGCUACCCCACCAUGGCGGACUCAACCUCAAUCCACGACGAGAUCGCGGGAAUUGAGAAGAAAAUCACAGAGCUGCAGGCACAGCUGCAAGAUGCAAGGUCGAGGUUAGAAAAGAGCCAGGUGGAAGCGUCUGCACACGAUGCGGCGGCCAAGAUGUCAGGCGAGGAGAAGAUGGCCCUCAUCAAGGUCAACCUGCAGGAGGUGCUGAAUCCAGAGAUCAUGGACGCGGCCAUAAAAGAGAGUGGGACGCUCAAGAUCUACUGGGGCACUGCGACGACAGGCAGACCGCACUGCGGAUACUUUGUCCCCAUCCUCAAGAUCGCACAAUUCCUCGCUGCAGGCUGCCACGUCAAGAUCCUGCUCGCCGACAUCCACGGCUUCCUCGACAACCUCAAGGCGCCCAUCGAGCUUGUCAAGUUCCGCGCAGAAUACUACCGCUACACCAUCACCGCAUUGCUCAAGGCCGUCAACGUCCCCAUCAACAAGCUCGAGUUCGUGCUAGGGUCGUCCUUCGAACUGACGCCAGAAUACAUGAUGGAUGUCCUGCGCCUGGCCUCCGUAACGAGUGAACGCGACGCGAAGAAGGCAGGCGCCGAAGUCGUGAAGCAGACGGAGAACGCGCCGCUGAGCGGACUUCUCUACCCGCUCAUGCAAGCCCUCGACGAGCAGUACCUCGACGUCGACGUGCAGUUCGGCGGCGUCGACCAGCGCAAGAUCUUCGCCCUGGCCAAAGACGUCCUGCCCAAGCUCGGCUACAAGGAACGCGCCCACCUGAUGAACCCCAUGGUCCCCGGUCUGCAAGGCGGCAAGAUGAGCGCCUCGGACCCCGACUCGAAGAUCGAUGUGCUUGACAACGCCGACGCCGUAAAGAAGAAGCUGAAGAAAGCCUUCGCGCCGCCCAAGCAAGUCGAAGAGAACGGCGUGCUGAGCUUCGUAGAAUACGUGCUCCUCCCCGCCGGCGUCCUCAAGCACGGCGAGCCGAAAUUCGUCGUCGAGCGCCGCGACGAGGAACCCCUCAUCUACACCAACAUCAAGCAGAUGCAAGACGACUACGUCAACGACAUCCUGAAACCUCAGGACCUCAAGCCGGCUGUCACUGCGGCGCUGAACACACUGCUCGAGCCCGUUCAGGCUGAGUUCCAGGCGAAUGAACAGUGGAGGGAGAUUGAGACCAAGGCUUACCCACCACCACCCGCGCCUCCGAAGAAGGAGAAGAAAAAGAAGGACAAGGGGUCUUACCACCCGGGACGCAAGGUCGAGGCUCAACCUGACGGGCAUGUAGAGGGAGAGGACAAGGCGAAGGUGGACAUUGGCGCUGAAGGGGGCGCGAAGACAAUUGAAGGGUUGACGCUGGAGGAGAACUGAGACUCGAACUCUAUUCUAAGAUAUCAGGAUACACAGUGAUACUCCCACAAAAGUAGAAGUCUGCUAUGGUUCGUGUGAUGCUGGGAUGUA